AUGGUCCAAUCUUUCCGGAAUGUUAGGCUCUGCUCAGUUGGCAAUCUGGAGGAUGGUGCAAAAAUACCCCAGUGGGUACAAGCCCAUGGCGGCACUUACCUCAGGAAGGUUGACAACAGCACAACUCAUCUUAUUGCCACAAAAGAAGCAUACGAAAACGAUGUCGAUGCAGUGAAAGCAGCCAAGGACCUCGGAAAGAUCAAGAUUGUGAGCCUCAGCUGGCUUAAGCAUUCGCUAUGGACCAAGACUCGUCGGCCACUGCCGGAGACCCCCUACCUUUUCAAAUCAGCCGAGCAGGGGGCGCAAAGGACUACAACAAAGGCUGGGUCCCCUUCACGGCCCAAGAGAAACAUACGAGAUCCGUUCCCUAAAAACAAGAGGAAAGUCACCAAGAGAUCUAUUGGACCGAGCCGUGAAGAAGCAGGAGAAGGUCGUGUCUACAAAGACUCCAACACGCAAGAGGUCUGGAAAGCCCUUCUCACACGAAUUUGCAAUCCUCCACGCUCUCGAGAGAAGUAUCAGCUGGCAAUCAUUCAAUCUUCGGCCAGAUCUCCCACUUACGGUGCUUACGUGAAAUAUAGCCGGGUCGGGAAAUCGACAGUGGAGCUUUUAGCUCCAGCGCAUAAGAGUGUUGGUUUCGCCAUGAGUGCCUUCGCGAAGUUUUUCAAAGAGAAAACAGGCAAGGAAUGGUGUGAUCGAGCUGAUGGGAAGCUGCCGCCCCCGAAAACCAACGAUGAAAACCAGCCAUUGCCUCCCCACGAGGGUUGGUUCUCUUUGGAAUCUCAUUCUAACCUCUUCACUGAUUACCUCAAAAGCGUCCCAGAGCAAGCUGACACCAACGAAUCUGGAGGCUCCUGCGGCGGCAGCAAUGCGUCGUUCGAUCGCCCUGUGGAUGCUGUGGCUAAGGAGGACUCGACAGGUGCGGAUGACCAGUCCGAGAUGCUGGCGAAAAAUCGCGCUUUACUACAAACACUUCUUGCUGAAGGGUCGGAUUACCCCAUUUUCAACAACAGGACAGCCGAAACAAGAGGAGAGAAUGGCAAGGAGAAUUGA